AUGUCGAAGAUCUUGAGUGAGGUGCUGGCACAGGACAGUUCAGUGCAGAGCGGGACAGAUCACUUCAUGGAUGACAUCAUCGUGCAAGAGAAUAUAGUCACCGCAGACCAAGUGGCGGCUCAUCUGCAAAAAUACGGUCUCGAGACAAAACCACCAGAGGCGCUGGACGGUGGACGUGUGCUGGGUCUCCAGCUGAACCGUGACAGCCAGGAGGAUCUUCAGUUCAGCAGAGGCAAUGAGAUCCCUGUCAUGGACGCGUCUGUGAAGCUAACACGCAGAAAACUGUUCUCGAUCUGUGGUCGCCUCACCGGUCACUAUCCGGUCUGCGGGUGGCUCCGAGUGGCGUGCAGCUACAUCAAGAGGAGAAGCGAGGGUGUGCGAUGGGAGGACGAUGUCGGAAUGGAUGUGCGUCUGAUGACAGAAGAGCUUCUUGAGAAGAUUCAGGAGCAUGACCCUGUGCGAGGCCCAUGGCUGGUGAAAAAUGAAGCAAAGCACGGUCGCGUUUGGUGUGAUGCGAGUAGCCUGGCGAUGGGGGUCGCGCUGGAAAUCAAUGGAGCCAUUGUAGAAGACGCAGCCUGGCUGAGGAAAACAAAAGACUACAAUCACAUAAACAUCGCCGAACUAGAUGCAGCAGUGCGUGGUGUGAAUCUAAGUCUAAAGUGGGGACUGCAGUCGGUAGAAGUCAUCACUGACUCCGUGACGGUUAAGCGGUGGCUGUCUUCAGCGUUGGAAGGAAACUGCAGGAUAAAAGUCGCAGGGAUGUCGGAACUGCUGGUCAGACGUCGCCUGGGUCUCUUCAAGGAGUUGGUGGAUUCGUAUUCGCUGCUGGUGACAAUUCAGCUGGUAGAAUCCAAGAAAAACAGAGCUGACAUCCUCACAAGAGUGAGCAAGCGAUGGCUGGUCAGAGAAAAGGACAAGGACGUGUGCGCGGCAAAUGUCGAACUGCUACACGCGGAACACCAUUUCGGAGUGGACAAGACGCUCUAUCUGGGACAGCUGGUAGAUCCUGAGCUGACGAGGGCAGAAGUUGAGCAAUGUGUGCAGCGAUGCGCCCCAUGUCAGUCCAUCGACCCAUCACCAGUCACUCAUGAGGGUGGAAGUCUAGCUGUCACAGACAACUGGUCACGUCUGGCAGUGGACACGACCCACUUCGGAAACCGCUGCUACAUUACAGUAGUAGACUGCGGUCCAAGUAGACAUGCGAUUUGGAGGAAAAUUCGAUCAGAAAACGCAGAAGAUGUGGCCACUGUGUUAGAGGAAUUGUUCAGGGAACGAGGUCCGGUGGAUGAACUUCUGUGUGACAACAGCACCACGUUCCGCUCUUACAAGCUAGCGGAACUGUGCCGCCAGUGGAACAUCCGACAGAGAUUCCGAGCAGCAUAUCGUCCAUCUGGCAAUGGCAUUGUAGAGCGAAAUCACAGGACAAUCAAGCGCAUGGCCUCGCGAGGUGGUAUCACCCCACUCAAGGCAGUUUUCUGGUACAACCUGGCAGCAAAGGACGGAAGUGACCCGAGCACGGCACCAAGCGGGGGGAUAUUCACAUAUCGGUGGCGCCAUCCGGAGGCCCAACCGAAGGACCCGGCUCUGAGCGAGGAGAGGAUGACUCAUGAGUACCGUGUCGGUGACCAGGUCUGGGUGAAGCCGCCCGGUGCCAGGUGCACUACCCGCUGGUCUACUGGCCAGGUGACCGGUUUGGUGUCGGGCAACACUGUGCUGGUGGAUGGUGUACCCCGGCAUGUGCUGGACGUUAGAAGGGUAACGCCAGAGGGGGGCAGCUAA